GAAAAUGUUGUUUUUUAUUUAAUGAUACGUACCCACAUAGCAAUGUUAAUCAAACUUAAAGUUCGCGUUGAUACAUAAUUAUGUGUAGGCCUAUAUUGACAUUAUUGUGUGCAUUCACCGCCGAUUUGAGAUCGUGUAUAUAAAUUAAUUGGUAAACCUUUCCCGCACAUGCCGAUCACUGUCACCUACUUCAUAUCAACAUUAGGUUUUAAAAAAAAAAGAUGGCGAACGGCACGCCUGGUGUUGAAAUACAAACUGAAGGAACGACGACCACUCAAGACAAUGACAACAUGUUAUAUACAGUGUCCGACUCACCGCCAUGGUACUUGUCAAUUCUUCUUGGAUUUCAGCACUACCUAACAGCAUUUGGCUCCACACUCACCGUUCCGUUAGUCCUGCAAUCGGCGAUGUGUAUUGGUGACGAUCGCGUCGGACUCAGCGAAAUCAUCUCCACCAGUUUCUUUGUGUCGGGAAUAUCCACACUGCUUCAGACUACUCUUGGAGUCAGGUUGCCUAUCAUUCAAGGACCAACAUUCUCCUUUCUAACACCAACUUUCACUAUAUUGGCGCUGAAGAAAUGGGAAUGUCCUUACAAUCUGGCAGCUAAAGGAGAGUGGAAUGUGACCUCUGACCCUCUACCAGACCCCGGAAGUCCAGAACACCAACAAAUGUGGCAGAUGAGGAUGCGCGAGAUUCAAGGCGCCAUCAUGGUUUCGUCACUUUUCGAAAUCGUCAUCGGCUUCAGUGGUGUCAUCGGCCUGUUUCUGCACUUUAUCGGACCACUGGUCAUCGUCCCCACCAUCUCUCUGAUUGGUCUGUCCUUGUUUAAGGAGGCAGCGGACCUGGCCUCUAAACAGUGGUACAUCGCCGUCAUGACAAUGGUUUUAAUAGCGAUAUAUUCACAAUAUUUGAAGAAUGUUAAAAUUCCCGUUUGUCGAGUCACAAGAAGAGAUGGAUGCUCAAUGUAUAAACUACCAUUUUUUAAAUUAUUCCCGAUUUUAUUAGCCUUGAUAUCUGCUUGGGUUAUUUGUGGCAUCUUGACUGCAGCUGGUGCAUUCCCGGAGCAAGGGAAAUGGGGUUCUGACGCCCGAACUGACACAAAAGUUGACGUGUUGGAGAAGGCGCUCUGGUUUCGAUUCCCUUAUCCCGGUCAGUGGGGCUUGCCAACAGUCAGUGUGUCAGCCGUGUUUGGGAUGCUUGCUGGAGUCCUCGCCUCUAUCAUAGAAUCUGUGGGAGAUUACUACGCAUGCGCCAAACUUGCUGGAGCUCCUCCUCCUCCAGUUCACGCUAUCAAUAGAGGGAUUGGAAUGGAAGGUAUAGGAUGCUUGUUGGCCGGUGCUUGGGGAUCGGGAAAUGGCAUGACCUCUUACAGUGAAAAUAUUGGUGCAAUAGGGAUCACCAGGGUUGGAAGUCGACGUGUUGUACAGAUGGGAGGGUUGAUAAUGAUAAUUAUGGGAUGUCUGGGUAAAUUCGGAGCUUUGUUCGUCACCAUUCCGGAUCCGGUGAUUGGUGGACUCUUCAUGGUCGUUUUUGGCAUGGUGGUAGCAGUGGGACUCUCCAAUCUGCAGUUUGUGGAUCUUUCAUCGUCAAGGAAUAUAUUCAUCAUCGGAACCUCCAUAUUCUUUGGACUUUCCUUCCCAAAUUGGAUGAAAACCCACCCGGGUUAUAUUGAUACAGGAAGCGAUAUAGUUGACCAACUGUUGAGCGUUUUACUUGGAACUAGCAUGUUUGUGGGAGGGUUGACUGGUUUUUUCCUCGACAAUACUAUACCAGGGACAUUGGAAGAACGUGGUAUUCUAAGAUGGCGACAAAAGACUGAUACGGUGACAACCAGUAAAGAGAGGAACGACUCUGUAUAUGACUUACCUUGUAUACAGAAAUAUCUCAACAAACUGACAAUCACGCAGUACCUCCCAUUUUGUCCCAAUUUCCAGCCUUGUUGUGGGAAAGGUACUGGUGAAAAAGACGAACCUCCUGUUGAACCAGUAUCGGUGUACGAAAAGAAAGUGGAAGACACUCACAUGUAAUUCUGUCAGUCACAGAUCGACACCGGAUAACCUUGGAAUCUCAGCUAUGUGCACUUACUUAUUAUAAUUUCCAUACUGGUACUGUACCAGUUAUCGGCUAAGACCAGUUAUCGGCUAAACUAAGAGUUCGGGUUUAUAGCAUGCGACUAUCAGAAAUAUCUUAAUUCAGUCGUCUGUUUCGAAUAAAGAAAAGUAAGUUUGCUUGAAAACUUUCUUGAAUAUGUUUUAAACAUGAGCUUUAACGAUCAUUGUUUACCGCUGAUUUACAUCUUUGCACUUUCAGCUAUGGGGAAAGUGACGUAAUAAGUUAAAAAUAGAAUAUGACCUCUUUGUGAUACGUUAUUAUAUCACUUCUUUGAUAUGACAUAUAAUAUCAAUACAUAUAAAAUUUCUAAACAAAAGAAAUUCACUAAAUUCUGAGAGAUUCAUGGUGCAGUUGAACGCCUGAUUGCACAAUUAUGUAUUGAACAGCAUACGUUUUUUUUGUAUUACCGUAUGAUGAUAAACGGAUAAUUUUGUAUAGUAACCCCUACGACCUAUAGGCUGGCCCCGCAAGGGACAUAAUUCAAUUUAAACUUUGCAGAAUAUAAAAUCAACAUGUAAAGGGAUUUUAAGUACUGUGUCAUUAUCACGAAACCGAUAACUGGUACAGUAAAUCGUAAAAACUCGGCAAAUUCGGAGCGUGCUAAAUAUCACAAAAACAAAAUGUUUGAGUUCUAAAUGAUGAUAUAAUCUAACAGUCUGAUAAAUUAGGAGUUCACCAUUUAAAAUAUGUCAAGUUUCAUUCAAAUAUAUCAAGAAAUAAGGAAACACGAAAAGAAAACGUAAAAUUAUAGCCGAUAACUGGUACAGUGCCAGUAUGGAACAGUGCCAUGAAGAUACUGGAUUCUUUUGAAAAUGAUAUUGUCAUAUAUUGCCAGUAGCAGUUUUAUAAUUAUACAUUUAAAUAAUAUUCCAGUUUAAUGUUCCGCAUUUUGGAAAGACAGAAAAAAUUAAGUGACACGCACAAGCAAUUUUAAAAACUAUUAUAGUUGCAAACUAGCAACAGCCUUAUUAUCUUGAGGACGCUACGUUACAAAUGGCAGUUUUCAAAAAUGUCAUUGAUCCACAAAUGGAACUGAACGUGUCGCAGAGUGAACGGACAUGAUCUCAAUGCACUGGUGAUGAAGGUUUACUUUUAUUUACAUUCGUUGUCAUUAAACUGUUAGCAUUCAAUUUGUAGCCAUUAUAGCAAAGACAUUCUAUGAAAUUAAUGUAACUUAACCACGGAUUGCUACGCUGUAUAAGUCUAUAUUUCAUUUGCAUGGUGGGUUGCAUUAUGCAUUAUUUUCAAGUAAAAUGCCGAAAAUGUUAUUGAACAAGAAGAUGCGUUCGAUCAUGUACAUGUAUAUGAACUAAAAUGAACUUUGGUUAACUAUUUGCAAAGAAUGUCAACUGUCUAUAGCCAUAUGUUUGCUAUGUAUGUAAUCUUGCCUUUGAAGAAAUCCAAGGUUUUAUACGGCAGCUUGCAGCUUUUAUACUCCAUUUCAAUUAGAUUUGUUGCCAUUUUUUGGUGAGGGGAUGGUCUCUUUUACUUAUAUAAGGGAUAUGUUAUUAUAUUCCUGCUAACUGGUACUUAUAACAUGGUCAGCAACCAGUACAUUGUUAGACUAUAUAUUUUAUCUUUGUAUUUUAUAUUUAUGUAUUCUACAUACAUGUGUAAUCUAUUUAUGCUGACUUAAAGUGCGUCAAGUAAUGCUAUAAAAUCAUGAUUCUUCGAAUCAAUCCUGUGAUUGCUAAAUCUAGCAUAUGUUAUCAUUUUAGCUAGCUUUGAUUCAGUCCUGCUCAAUUUUGCUUCCAAUCUUUUAAUAAAACGCAAUCACUGCAAUUGAUAUGAAUGUGUUUAUACAUUAUCAAAUGUUUGUGUCAAUUUGUAAUCUAAAUCUUCGAUCAAGAUCAUUGUUACAGUACUAAAUUGAUUUAAAUAUGAACCCGGUGAACCGCUAUCGUGUUUUAAUCCAAAAUAGCCUUGCGUUACGAUGCUCAAUAUUUAAACACUCUUGUAUGCUUUACAAUACAUCUUAUUCAAAAUAAAUAUCCAAAAACCAACAUUUUCAGGGUUUCUUUCUUUCCCCAAUGUUUACCUUAUGUUGAAGUAUAAUAGAUAUGCAUUCCGUUUGAGUUUCAACGAUGAGGACAUUUUCUUUUGUAUACACAAUGAGGGAAGCACUGAGCAGCAUACAUAUACAUUACACGCCUUAUAUAUUUUGCGAUGUAUGAAUAUGGACGGUCGGC